AGCAGCUUCAAGGGCCCUUUGAUACCAAAGACUCCAUGUUCACUCCUUCCUGUGUGAAAAGUGAAUAUGAUCAGGAGGACCCACUUCAGUCCUGGACACUUCCCCAAACCCAGACUGUGGAGAACAGAGAGAGUGACUCUAAACCAGUGGAUCUCAAACCUUUUGGCACUGUGACCCACCUAAAGGGUCUGGACAUUCCCUGUGACCCUCCAGAUAAUCAGAACAAUGCUUCCAGCCACAGCUCAGCCGUAAGCAGAGACCCAGUAGGACUUGACAGCAGUCCACCAUUAGAUCCAAACACGUCAAUGGGGGAACAGUGUUCCAAACUCAGCCUCACAUCGAUAAAAACUCACUACUGCUGUGACUGUGGUGAAACGUUUGCUCUGAAAGCUGACCUACAGAGGCAUGUGACUCUCCCCAAGAAGAGACCCAGUGAAUGCUGCUUCUGCAAAAAACACUACAACUCCACCUGUAAACUGAAGUCCCAUGUCAGGCUCUGUCACAGUGUGAAACCCUUCACCUGCCCUGUUUGUGGAAAGACCUUCAAACACAAAGGAGUUCUGUCGAGACACUUGACAAUUCACAAAGGAGAGAAACCAUUUAGCUGUGGUGACUGUGGGAAGAGCUUCAGUCGCAAGGCGCACCUAACAUUGCACAUAUUGACUCACACGGGAGAGAAACCAUUUAGUUGUGGUGACUGUGGGAAAGGCUUCAUUCAGAAAGGGGACCUACAGAAGCAUAAACUGGUUCACACAGGAGAGAAACCAUUCAGUUGUGGUGACUGUGGGAAAAGCUUCAGUCAGAAUGGGAACCUAAGGAAGCAUAAACUGACUCACACAGGAGAGAAACCUUUUAGCUGUGGUGACUGUGGGAAAAGCUUCAGUCAGAAGGGGAACCUAACCGCUCAUAAACUGACUCAUACAGGAGAGAAACAACAUGGCUGCUCAGUCUGUGGGAAAAUAUUCACUCGUAAGAAUCAUCUGCUGAAGCAUGCGGAUUCCGUCCACAAAGAAAGAAAACAGGAUGAAAACUGGUAGAAGAAAGAAAACAGAGAGUUGACUAAACUAAAGUAAAAAUUGAGGGAAAAGCUUCUGUUUCAAAAAGGACCUAACCAUGCAUAAACUGACACACACAGGAGGUAAAUCAUUUAGCUGUGGAGACUGCAGGAAAAGAUUCAAUCAGAAGUCGACCCUAAGCAAACAUGUACAGAUUCACACGGGAGAAAUAAUUUAGUUGUGGUGACUGUGGGAAGAGCUUCAAUGGCAAGGAGACCUUAACCACGCACAAACUGACUCACACACGGGAGAAAUCAUUUAGUUGUGGUGAAUGAGAAAGCUUCAGUUAGAAUGGGAACGUUUUGUGGCUAUAGUAUAAAGUGUUUGUUACCAAUUACAUUGC